CACACGUUUCGAGUUCCAACCGAGUGACAAUGCUAUCGCAAACCCUCGGACUAGUUGUCCUCGCUCUCCCUCUGCUGGCCGAAGCGAGGGACUGCUCAAAAGCAGCCUUCCAAAAGCUCAUUCCGUCCAACUCAACCUUCAACUAUGUCACAAAAGUCGCAGAAGGCGGAACGUUCACGGAUGUUUAUGCCAACGCCAAUGCUACUGGUCUGCCCGAAGGAUGUGCUGUGAGCGUCAAGGUCCCUACGCCCGGCAACUCAUCUUACAACAUGGCCAUUUACUUGCCCAACAAAUGGAACUCUCGCAUCAUCACGACUGGAAACGGUGGUUACGGCGGAUUCACCAACUGGCAAGAUCUCGGUGUCUAUUCGCACUACGGCUUCUCCGCCAUCACUACUGUGGGUUUAUACACGUCAGNNGACACGGGUCACGACAAUCCCAACCCUUUGGACUCGACCUUUGCUCUCAAUAAGGGUUCGCUCGAGAACUGGGGUUGGCGUGCCAUGCAUGGUUCAGUAUUGAUCGGAAAGGCCUUGUCUGCUGCGUACUAUGGUGAAAGUCACAAGUACUCCUACUACUCUGGAUGCUCGACAGGAGGUCGUCAGGGUCUGAAGGAGAUGCAGGUGUCGCCAGAAGCAUUCGACGGUCUCUUUGUAGGAGCACCAGCUUGGUGGAUUCCGCACUUGGGCAUCUACACCAGUCAGGCAACUCUGGGCAACCUUCCUCAGAACUCCUCACACCACAUUUCUGCUGCAUUGGCCAACAUCAUCAAUGACGAAAUUCUCAAGCAGUGCGAUUCUCAAGACGGAGUGACUGACAAUGUUAUUAUGAACUCCGAAGGCUGUGUCUUCAACCCUCUGACUCUGCUCUGUCAGGGAUCAUCAAACACCUCUGCUUGCAUUACUUGUCCCCAACUUGACACUUUGUACAAGGCCCUGCACGACUGGACAUACUUCGACGGCACCUUGAUCUUCCCUGCACCUAGCUUGGGUACCCCCAUUUCGGCCUAUAUUGGAGACUCACCCAUUCCAAACCCCAUGGGAACUGGAAUGAUCGACCACACGUUGCUGAACACCACCGAGCCCUACGAUUGGAGCACUUUCAACGAGAGCGUAGUUCGUCUCGCCGAAGCCAUCGACCCCGGUAAUGCCACUCCAGACGACUACGACUUGUCGGCCUUCCAGAAGAGAGGCGGCAAAGUUAUCCAUUGGCAUGGUGAAGCCGAUCCUGUAAUACCUUUCAGAUCAAGCACAUACUUUUACAGCCAAGUGGCCUCUUCCGUUGCCCCUCACGGCAUCGAGAUGGACGACUUCUACAAGUUCUUCCCAAUCGCCGGCAUGAGCCAUUGUUCCGGCAGCCAGUAUUCGCCCUGGUAUAUCGCUGGUGCUAGCCAAGGUUUGACCAAUGUCAGCCACGGCGUUCCUGGCUUUGAGGACUCGCAGCACAAUGGUUUGCUUGCGUUGAUGCGCUGGGUUGAGAACGGCACUACUCCGGAGAAGUUGGUCGCAACCAAGUUCAACGACGACAACCCUGCAAAAGGUGUUUACCGUCAAAGACCGCUCUGUCCCUUCCCCAGUCAGCCAGUUUACACUCAUGGAAGAGUGGACUCCGCAAGCAGCUGGAGAUGCUCG